AUGGAUGAAAACGGUGAUUCUCGGGUACCUCCUCCUCGAGUUCGGAUUUUCGAAUGCGCUCAUGAUGGCAUUCAGGAAUUGUUUAAUCGCGAUUCUAGUCGGGCCAUGAAGCCAAUGGAUGAGCGUAAUUUCCCGAAAUCAUUUUGGAUCCCACCGACAAAAGAACAUUCAAAACGUUCUGAGCUUCCAGUUGAGAACAACCAAGAGAGCUUUUGUAUUUCGCACAGGAAGUCUAAUUCAUCACCUUCCUAUAUUGGCACUAACCCUGCUUAUCUCUCUGAACCUCUCGACCACAAUAGACAAAAGAGUCUGGAUACAACUCAAAAUAUGGUUCGCAAUCCUAAAAGUAGUCAUAUGAUGUGUACUACAGGGUUUCCCUCACAUGGCACUAGAGGGCCAUUCCAUUACCCGGAUGCUCGACGACCAGAUAGUCUCACAUCGCCUGUUUGUGAACUACCCCCAGAAUUCCAAAUGGCAAUCAAUGAAAACAAGCAGGUCUAUUUUCUAAAUCAUGAAACCAAACAGACCACAUGGUUCGACCCUCGAAUUCCCCCGGAAGAACAGAAAUGGGGAAUGACUUUGGAAGAGUUGAAUAAAAUUCACAUAAAUUACGCGAGACGUCGUAAAUUACCCACACAUUCCUUGGAGGGUCAUCGGCAGCUGCCGGCCUCCCCAAUACCAGUAUUAUCGUCCGUUGAAUCGGCGGGGAUAAACAGUGCAUGCGGAGGAGGACCAUCCAGCCGUUGUCCCACGCUGCCCGGCUCCCCUAACAACGCCACAUCCACUCCGGGUCAAAUUAUGCCCGGGGGAAACGUUCAGCCGGCGUCUGUGCCACGAAUGCAACAUCCGGGUACCUUCUCUAUACCACACGUCGCACCUAAUUCUCGCGCAUUGCAGAUGAACCUCCUUCCUCCCCAAGGCUCUAGGCAAAUGCAGCCGCGCCAACACCAACAGCAACAACACGUUGCUCAUGCAAAGUCAGCCAGUCAGCCAACUCCCAUGUCGGUGGGCGGCUUGUUGGGUCACUCGGAGUCCUGCAUGGGAGGCGGCGGCGGCGGCAGUGGUGGGGACGUAUCGGCCGCCUCAUCCACCGGCUACGCCCUCGGUCCAAGCUCCUCCCUUACCAGGCUUCAUCAUGGAACCUACGGGGGCCCUGGUUUUGCGACUGGCGAGUCCCUUCCCACGAAUUCCUCAGGCCAUCUAGCCCAGGACAUGGAGGAAUUGUCUCUAAGCCGGGGUACGGCGGAGACCUCGUUGCCGCACCUACAGCAGAUGUUCUGCGCAGCUCCACUCCUCCCCUUGCUUUCGCAACCCGCCAUGCCGGGCACCUGCGAGUACGGGAGUGCCGGGGCCACCCAGCCGAUAUCUUCCGCGCAGCACUCUCACCAGAGCAGCAUGGACAGCGGUGUGGGACCUUCUGUUGCCGGUGGCCACUCUAUUCCCAGUGCUAAUCAGACUCCCGAACACACUAAAGUUACGUGCUUCGAUUCAAGUAUUCCGAACUACCUACUUACUGUUCUUUUACCGUUGGUGCCCGUCGAGGUCUGGAAUUCACAACGAUUCUGGGUUAUUUUCCUAACUGAUCUUCGAUACCAGCUGGUGCUGCCGCCUCGUGCGGUCUCGUCGAUCAUGACUCCUGCUGACUGCUCUGACUGUUCAACCCUCAGGCUCGCCUACUGCGGGGUGGAGGAGGAGGAGGUGGUGGUGGUGGCUGUCGGUGCCCUGUCUACCUUCACGCGGUCCGUCGGUCCCACCAAAUAA